AUGGGGUCGGCUUACAACCCUGAUGUGAAUCACGCUGAUCAAGACUUAGGCGAGCCGAGUCCUCUUUCGUCGCCGUUAGGACCUCUCUCUGAGUCGCCCGAAUCCGAGUCCGGAUACAACCUUUCUUUACAGACAGACCAACUCAGGAGCUCGGUGGGCAGUGUUUCUUCGGGAUACGAACCUCUCUCCAGAUCCCCGUUAUUCGACAGCGACCAUGGAAUUGGUCCAUCUGGACUGGAUCGUAUACGCCAAAAUCAACCCUCGAGAGUACUGACCCUUCCAAACAUGUCUUCCUCGUCGCUAUCACUAGCACCUAUGACUGGCCAGCGCCCCUCUCCCUCUCCCCGUUCUCGCUCAUCUUCUCGAGCUCACACCAAUCUUUUGUCGAGCCGAAGUUUCACGGAUCUAGCGGACCUACACCGGUUUCCACUGGAGUCGCUACACUCCUUUUCCUUUGCCCAGCAGUCCGAGGAGUUUCUCCACAGCCGUCAGAACAUUCUCAAAAGGUCUGUUGAUUUCAUGCGCGACCGGAUGGGAUGGGCCGCAACCAAUGCCGCGAUCGCCAGCGCACAAGCAAACGCCAGUGGGGACACGGAGAUGCAAGGUAUGAUGGACCUUUUGGCCCGAGCGAAUAUUCUCGAAACCCAGGACAACCAACUCCAUGGCCGUGGACCCAUCACAGGACCCGCAGAGAUUAAUGGCGACAAUAUCUUCGAGAAGGCCUUCGCAGACGGCAAUUCCUCCCCGGUCAGCACCCGAGACGGCGCCCAGGAUUCCAUUCCUUUGGGAUCACAUCCCUCUGACAGCUCCCAAUUGUUGAGCCCGGUGCCCAGCGAUCGUAUCUCCAACCAAAGGAGGGAGCUGGUCUCUGCACCUACAUCCAGGCGCGUAAGCUUAAAACGUACAUACACGGACCUAUGCUCAGUCUCUAUCAGGAGCAAGCUGAUGGAAACUCUAGCACAACCAUACACCUCUUCCGCGGAUCCUUUCGCCUCGCUCAAUCCCUCGUCUGCUGGAUUAGGAUUUCAGAUCCCCGCCCUCCACGCCCAUAGCAGCAAAUGGACCCCGGCUUCCCAGGCCGUGUUCAGGACCGAAGCCAAGGAACCAUGGACCAUUCUGGCCGCUAAUGAUUUGUCGUGUCUCAUCUUUGGUGUUCUUCAGUCCGAAGUUCGCCAUCUCAGCAUCCUGGAGGUUGUACAGAAGGAGCACCAGGAAUGGCUCAAGGCUAAACUUCGAGAUCCUAGCACUGACGUCGCUGCCCGCAUGCCACUACAGCCCGAAAGAGCUAACAUCUCCGCCGUCAAUCCCAAGUACCGUGGUCUUGGGAACGGAGUGACAGCACAACUCCUCAGCAAACCAUCUUCACGAGAACAGUCCCGGAGAGCGCAGACUGAUGACGGAUAUGGCUCCAGCACAAGAAACGCCCGAAACAACAACCACCCGGCCAAUAAGUCACGCGGUGUCUUGCUGUGCGGUGAUGUGGUACCGAUUCAGAAGCGCAAUGGGUCACGGGGAUCCGCUAGCGUCUGGGUUAUGGAAAAGCGUGGUGGCCUGAUCUGGGUCUUGGAAGAAAUAACAGAGAAUAUUGCCUUCAUCGAGUGUGAUGAUUCAUGGAAAGUCGUGAGUGCCAAAGGUGAAGUCGAAAAAAUCUGGGGCCCAUCUGUCGUUCAAAAAGGCCAGUCGAUCACCGACCUUUUACCUUGUUUGCCAUCGGAAUCUCUUGAGACAUCCCUCGAGAAGGGAUUGGCUAAAAUCGUGGAGCUGAGGCACUUUGCCGCCCGCACUGCGGCUGGCGUUUGUAUUCCCGUCGCUGUCGGCAAGGGAGAAGGAGAUUAUACUAUGCAAGUCUCCAGCUUUCCUCAUGUCGCAGGCAUGAUGGUGCUCUCGUCCUCGUCAUUGAACGUGAUCAGCUCCAACUCUGUGUUCUCUUCGGUUCUCUUCGGUCAAGAGAGACCGGAAGGACUUCACAUCACUCAGCUUGUACCCGAUUUCGAUGAGAUGCUAGACGUUUUGACCGAGGAGGACAACGUACCACUAGUUGAUGGUAUUGUCAUACCGGAACACAGCUUCCGACGUGCACGGACACUUUCUAUUCUCCGCGACGGAAAAGCAAAUGCCGCCUCUGUGUUUACAGAGCCAAGUGGCUUGCUUGCCAAGCAUCGGGAUGGCUCGACCAUUGUCGUGGACAUUCAACUGCGCGUGGUUCAGAGUGGCACCUGCUUCUCAAAGGACAAGACAGAGAAAAGCAGCAAAAGCAGCAAAAGCAGUGAUCGCACCAGUGACUCUGAUGAGAGUGAUGAUACCGUUGCAGUCACAGAGUUGGUCUAUGCUUUGUGGAUAACCUACUCGAGACAGCUCCACGCUGCUGGACCCGCUGCUGGCCUGUCGCCAUCAUCUGUCCCAAGUUCUAAGCCUACCUCACCCACACAUGACCCUGAUUCAGAUCGCCCGUUAGACGCCGGUGUUGCUGCCCAGACGGAAAACCCCAAGAUUUCUGUGGAGAUUGAAGCUCCGACGUCAGCACUUAGUCAACAACUCAGUGAGGCUGCCUCUGAGCCUCUGACCACCCGUCCCCCGCAGCCCGUUCCUCCGGUCUCGGCUGCCAAUGCGAAGAACGACCCUCCGGCGAAACGAACGAUCAACGACUACGUGAUUCUCGAGGAGAUGGGACAAGGAGCCUACGGCCAAGUCAAACUGGCCCGUUUAAAGAAGCAGCCUAGUAAGAAGAUGGUGUUGAAAUUCGUCACGAAGAAGCGGAUCCUGGUGGAUACGUGGACUCGGGAUCGGCGACUCGGGACUGUGCCAUUGGAGAUCCAUGUUCUGGACUUCUUACGGCGGGAUGGGCUCAAGCACCCUAACAUUGUGGAGAUGGAAGGCUUCUUCGAGGACGAUAUCAAUUAUUACAUUGAAAUGACUCCUCACGGGCUUCCGGGAAUGGAUCUGUUCGAUUAUAUCGAGCUCAAGGCCAACAUGGACGAGCUGGAGUGCCAGAACAUCUUCCGACAGGUUGCGAGCGCCAUUAAUCAUCUCCACACCAAAGCCCUGGUGGUACAUCGUGACAUCAAGGAUGAGAAUGUGAUUCUUGAUGGAGAGGGACGGAUCAAGUUGAUCGACUUUGGGAGUGCGGCGUACAUCAAAAACGGGCCAUUUGAUGUCUUUGUGGGAACCAUUGAUUAUGCCGCGCCCGAGGUCUUACAGGGCCGGUCGUAUCGAGGCAAGGAACAGGACAUCUGGGCUCUAGGGAUUCUCCUUUACACCAUCGUCUACAAAGAGAACCCGUUCUACAACGUCGAUGAGAUCCUUGACCACCCCCUCCGAAUUCCUUUCCUUCCUUUCUCGGAAGACUGCAUUGACCUCAUCCGCACGAUGCUCGAUCGUGACGUUGACAACCGACUCACCAUUACCGAAGUGCUUGAACAUCCUUGGAUGGUGGUGACUUGA